AUGGACAGACUCAACGCCAACCAUAAUCUCCUGCAAUUCAUAUCGGCUGCAGCUCAAGCGCUAGAAACGGACGAUUGUACAGCGAAUGCUAGUUGCCAUGGGAUGCCAAACAAUGCCACAGCAUUAGACGAUAGACCAUCUCCAAACCAUGAAAGGCAGGACAGAGAUAUAGAAGUGAUGCUCGCUGAUGCAACAGGCAACAAUGUGGAGGAUCUAUCUCGCAGCAUACAGCGUUCAGGAGAGCCACCAUCAUCCGAAGACAUCAUCAGAGAAACGACCUUGGCAGAGAAAUUACAACUCAUAUUUGGAUUAUCAAAAGCUGAAAAGUUACAUGGUGUAUGGUCAUGCUGCAUGGUCCGAUCGGCCAUUGUCCCUGGAACAUUGUAUCUUACCGAACGUCAUAUUUGCUUUUACGCAUCUCUGCCGCAAAACCCACACGUUUAUCGGAAGACUGGAUAUCUUUUGGUCAAGCAUCCAACCAAGAAUGGCUUUGAUCGAUGCUUUUUCGAGCUCAAAGAUGAUAUGUUGGCAUGGCAUGAAAAUGCUACAGACAAAUACUCCCCCAAAGGAAAGGUGGAUCUCAAGGAGGCACUUGCUGUGAGGACGUCGAGGAAACGCGAAUUUGGGUUCAAAGUCAUUACUAUGAACAAGACAUGGCAUUUGCAAGCUGACACCCAUGCAGCUAUGGUAGAAUGGAUCAACGUUCUACAAAAGGCAAUUUUCAAAGCAAAGAAUGCUGGCAACAGUCUCAAGAUCGCACUGCCGUUUGAGAACAUCUUGGAUAUGGAGCUCACCGAAGCCUUUGAAUUCCAGCAGUUUUUGCAAAUUCGAGCUGUCGGGAUUGAUGAUAGCUUUGUCAUGGAUGAGUAUUACUUUGCUUAUUUCGCAGACGCCAAUGCAACCUUUACGUCAUUGAAAAGCACGUGGGGUCACUCACAACAACAACAAAGCACGCAUUCAUUGUCUCGUUCUGGUGGCGGCAGUGGGGCUACAUCACCAACGUAUUCGUUUCCAGAUUUAUAUGAGAAUUCACAGCCCAUCGUUAUCCCACCUUUACAUACCACCAUGCCUACUACAACAACCGACCGCUCCACCCCCUCGCCUGUUUUUCACGUGACAGAUCCCACAGCUGCUGAUAUUAAUGAUUCGUCGAGUUCGGAGGAGGAGGAACAGCCCAUGGUUGAUUGGCUUGCUGAAAAACGAAGAUCUGGCAUGAAGCUUGUAUAUGGAUUCUUGGGAGGGAAUAGCAGUGGAAGCGCAGCUACAGUAUACCACACGGCGGAUGAGGAUCAUGGCGACCAAGAUACUAUACCCCAAAGCUCAGCAGACACCAAAACCAGCCGCUCAUUUCCACAUGAAGAGCCUAUCGAUGAGCGUACAAGAGCAAACUUUCGAAAGUAUUUUGUACUUCCAGAGUCAGACAAGUUGAAUGCAGUUUACCGCUGCUCAUUGAUGAAGACUCUCCCUUGUUAUGGAAAGCUGUAUAUAUCCACCAACCAUGUAUCAUUCAACUCCAAAGGUUUCGCAACCAAAGCAAAGAUGAUUAUACCUUUCAGUGACAUUAUGAGGAUACAAAAGAUCCGGAGUGGUUACAUCUUUCAUUCAUUGAGUAUUCUUACACAAAACAAGAAGGAAGUGUUCAUCGAAUUUUCAUCCGCUGCCACACGCAAUAGCUGCUUUGCAAGAUUAUUCCUCCAACACAAAUGGCAUUUUGAAUCAAAGCCGUCUUGCGAUCAACUCAAAGAUAUCAAGGAUUGGGAAGCGCGUCUUAUGGAAGAAGAACACAGCGAGACAUCUGCUUUGCCACAAUUACAAACCGAUGGGCUGCCAAUUCUCUCGCAUACAUCAGACGAGCCCUUGCUAUACAAAAAGCCAGACACGCCAUUGCAUUUCACUUGUAUUACUAUCGGCACUCGAGGCGAUGUCCAACCUUAUAUUGCAUUAUGCAAAGGAUUGAUGGCUGAUGGACACAAAUGUCGUAUCGCGACCCAUGACGAGUUUAAGGACUGGAUUGAGAAGCAUAGCAUUGAAUUCCGAUCAAUCGGUGGUGAUCCAAGUGAAUUGAUGCGUCUAUGCGUUGAAAACAACUUUUUCAGUGUUAAUUUUGUCAAGGAAGGGUUGCGUUUGUUCAAAGGCUGGAUUGACGAACUUCUUGAAAAGACUUGGUUGGCGUGUCAAGGCACGGAUGUGUUGAUUGAAAGCCCUAGUGCAAUGGUGGGAGUUCAUAUGGCUGAGAAACUACAUGUUCCUUACUUUCGAUCAUUCCCAAUGCCAAUGACAAAGACUCGUUCGUUCCCGCACCCCUUUGCAACGCCCAACAACCCCAAAGGAUGGCUCUAUAAUGGUAUGACCUAUGUGCUCUUUGAUCAUGCGAUAUGGCGCGCAAUUGCCACCAGCACGAACAACUUUCGACGUGAUGUCCUUCAGCUGUCACCCACGAGUUACGAGAAGUUGGAUAUCUGGAAGAUCCCCUAUUUGUAUUCAUUCAGUCCGAGCAUCGUGCCUAGCCCUUUGGAUUGGAAGGAUUGGAUACAUUGCACUGGUUAUUGGUUUUUGGAUAACCCACAGACUGGAUGGAAGCCUAGCGAUGAGUUGAUGCAUUUUCUCAAAUCCAAAGACCAACGACCCAUUGUUUAUAUUGGAUUUGGCUCCAUCAUUGUAUCCGAUCCUGACGACAUUACACGAACGAUUGUCGAUGCUGUGUUGCUUUCCAAUGUGCGAGCCAUUAUCUCGAAAGGAUGGUCUUCUCGACUACAACAAACCAAAGAUAGUGAUACCGAUAGCCUAUUGCAGCGAUAUCCUGAUACCAUCAUCAGCGUGCAAGCAGUGCCACACGAUUGGCUAUUUCCGCAAAUGCGUGCAGUGGUACAUCAUGGUGGUGCAGGCACCACAGCAGCUGGUCUUCGAGCAGGCGUGCCAACCAUUGUCAAACCAUUUUUCGCCGAUCAAUUCUUUUGGGGAGAACGUGUAGAAGAAAUGGGUCUUGGCCUCUGUAUCAAGGAUAUGACAGUAGAACAUCUCUCGGCCGCUUUACGAGUUGUGUCAACAGAUGCAAGCAUGCUUAGGAUGGCACAGGUCUUGGGUGAAAAGAUUCGUCAGGAAAAUGGCGUGGAAACAGCUAUUCAAUGUUUGUACCGCGACAUGGAACUGGCACGAGAACGCACAUUGUUAUCAGCGCAAAAGACUGCCAAUCAUGAUGAUGAUAAUGAUGAUACAACUUCACCGCUCGAAGACAGCUUUGUCGAUGACCAAGAGUGGACUUUGAUAGAGUCAACAGCUUCCGGGUCUGUUUCACCUGCAUCAUGGAGACCACGGGCAGCCUGA